UUGUGUUUAUUAUUGUCCUGAGGCAUAGGUUUCGCUUUUGUGGAAGUGCCUAACGUCAUAUGACUGUAAGUUUCGCUUUUCAGUCUCUUCUGUAUAAUAACAUCUACGCCGUAUUCAGAUACGUGCAGUUAGCAGACGCCUCCUACACCUUCGCAAGUAAAGACUUAUUGCUAAAGUUAGUGACAACCAUUUUGUCAACAUGGGAGUCAGAGGACUGAAGACAUACAUUGAAAGCAGCAACAGAAAUGAUUUAAGAAGCUGGCCUUUUAGAGACAAACAACUAAUAAUCGAUGGAUGUAAUUUAUACUACUGCCUGUACUUUGGCUGCAAUUUGGAUCAGAUGCAUGGAGGAGACUAUGAUGCCUUUGAGGAGAUGAUCACACGAUUCUUUGAGAACCUCAGAGCCUGUGACAUUGAGCCUUAUGUUGUACUUGAUGGCGGUGCUGACCAUACUAACAAAAAACUGGACACUCUUAUGGAACGACAUCAGGACAAAAUAAAUUCAGCCUUUGCUCUGUCAGUGGGAAAAAAAGGGAAGGUCCUUCCUAUUCACAUUAAAGAUGUCUUCACACAGCUUCUUCGCAAGCUCAGGGUACCGCUGGUUCAGUGUCUUGAAGAAGCUGAUUGGGAAAUCGCGGCUUUGGCGAAAGAAUGGAACUGUCCGGUUUUGUCUGAUGACAGUGACUUCUAUAUUUUCAACCUUGAGGCGGGACUCCUGCCAAUUGCACAUUUCCAGUGGGAACACGUGAAAGUGGACAGAAGGACAAACAAAAAAUUCAUCCAAGCCAAACACUUUACAGUAAGCAAGUUCUGUGCAUCUUUCAAUAUGAACGCUGACCUUCUACCAGUCUUCGCCUCCAUCUUAGGUAAUGAUUAUGUGAAGCUUCAAAAUAUCAAAAACCUGGAUUGGGAGAAAUACGCAAAACCUGGCAUGGAGAAUACCCAUAUUGAUGGGUUGCUUAACUGGUUAUCCCAGUUUCCAAGGCCAGAAGCAGCUGUAAGUGCUUUGCUCAAACUAACAGACCACAAAGAAAAAAACCUUGUCCAAGAAGCACUACACAAUGGAAUCCAAGAGUACAAGCUCAUCUCUGGCUAUCUUGCCCAGUUCUUCCGCUCAAAGACGAUUCCUCGUACUGCUUAUACAGGUCCUCUGCAAAUUCUACCUGAACAGACCUUGAGGCUUCUCCUUGAUGGAGAGAUGAGCUCCCUCGUUAUCGAUACACUGGUACAUCAAAGGGUUUCCUUGCCACCCCAGGUUGAAGAUUUCCAGCUCCCCUGUAGCAGUGAAACCUCUCGUCCCAUACGCCAGGUGAUUUAUGGGUUACUGUUGUUGGGAGAACAACAGACAGGUAAACCCAUUAAAACAUUACCUGGUGCAAGCAAGCCCUAUGUAAAGGAAUAUAGCAGACUACAGUUAAACCUAAACAGUCAGAAAGUUGAAGCCAUAAAGACCAAGGUGAUGGAAGGACUUCAACUGGAAACAGUAUGGGAGGUACCACAUGACGUGCAACUUCAGGUGCUCCUGGACACUUUGGGUGUGUCGUCUGAGAUGUUAAGAGAGAUCCCACAUGCUCUUCAGCUGCAAAUGCUUGUGACACGUUACUGGCUAGUAAACGCACAGCCAUCGCCGUCCAAAGUGCAUCUUUGGGGCUUGCUGCUGGGAAUGGUCUAUGGAAAGGUCAGCUGUACAUCUCAAACACAAAAAGACAAGCUGUUGAGACUUAAGAAUCUAAAAAAUGGUCAAAGGAGGAUGCAUCCAGAUCAUGAAACGGCUCAUCUGUACAGCCAGUGGCAGUCCUGCCUGAAGUGGAGUCUCUGUCUCAAUUGUUUACUGUGUUCUCCAGUUCCUGAACCAGAGGUUGCACGGUUGUACCGUGGAACACUGGUGCACCAGGUUGUUGGCGAGCUCAGGAGAGGCAUCAGUCUGGACUCUCUGCUGGUGAGGGGCUCAAGUACCGAGCGGUUCUUCAAACAGCUGAAGGAUGCAGUUGUGAGCUUGGUGGGUGAAGACUUAAUCAAGACCAUGAGAACCGGGCUCGAGCGCAGAGAUGCUGAGAAAACACACAGAUACUACAACGGCCAGAAUCAGCCUAUAGAUGAACUAAGCAGUUGGAUUGAAAAUCGAAUGUUUGAAAUUGAUGACGAUGAUGAUGAUCUAAAAGAGAACAGGAGUAAAGCAAAGAAUCACAAGACUGAAUUACCUGACAUUUCCUGCACCAUCCGUACCAGACACAAGGCUAAAGCUCGCAAUGGCAAUCAUUCCUCUAAAAAAUAUGAGAGGGUAUGCUUUGAGACCUUAAUGGACUUGUAAAAACAACAACAACAACAAAAAAAACAUGUUUGCACUUAUAAUGGAAAUGACAUGGUAGACAUGCUACCAGAAAAAAAUGACAGCUUGUCUACUGUAUAUCACAAUCAUCAUGCACAGUCCUGUUUUUGAAGUCAUGUAUUAUGCAUUGAUAACCUCAUUUAAACUAAAAAUCAUUAUGAUAUUUUCGCAUUAAGAUGUUGGACUUUGGGAUUUUGGUGAAUUAGACUGGUGGUCAAUGCAAAUUCACUCUACUCAGGAAAUUUUAUGUAACAUGAGGUUCUUAAUUGAAGUGUUAAAUUAUUAUGCUAUUUUAAUCUUUCUUUUGUGUGUAAAUAAUAUUAUAGAUUUCUAUAUCACUGCAUAACACAAGAAGCGUUAUAUAUCAAAUCUAAACCGUUUGAUUUUUCGUAUUAUCACCGUAUGUAAACCAUCCUAUUGCCUAGUGCUAAACUGUUAAAUGUUAUCAACAUUAUGGAUUUCAAUGAUCUGAAAAGAAUAAAAAUAGACUUGACCUGAAA